UUUGAUAUAUAAACUCGUUUCUUGCCAAUCGUGUGAUCACCAACAUACACGCAAGGACUUGAGUUGCUGAGCUCUAACGACGAGAGCGCGCGUACCAGCGAGGCAAAGAUGUCUAGCUUCAAAUCGCCAGCCAUUCCUCUCGCCGCUCUUGUCAUCACCGUACUCCACAUUGCCGCCACCCAUGCGCAGAUACCCGCCGCGACGACGACAGGUGCCGCCGUCUCCGCCACCAACCCACAGAAUGGCGGUGGCGGCGUCUCCGGUGGCGUAGGCGCCACCGCGGGCGGCGCGCACGAGCCCCUGGAGCUGUACAUGCACGACAUCCUCGGCGGCUCGAGCCCGACGGCUCGGCCCAUCACCGGCUUGCUCGGCAACAUCUACAACGGGCAGGUCCCCUUCGCGCGGCCCAUCGGCUUCGCGACGCCCAAGAACGGCGUCCCGAUCCCCAACUCCAAUGGCGCCAUCCCCACGUACAACGGCAACAACGGCAUCCCGCUGGACACCGGCCUCUCCGGCGCUGGUUUCCUGCAGCCGGCUAAGGGCGCCUCGGCGGCGCAGGUGCAGCUCGGCCCCGACGGGCUCAGCCUCGGGUUCGGCACCAUCACCGUCAUCGACGACGUCCUCACGAGCGGGCCGGACCUCGGCGCGCAGCCGCUCGGCCGCGCGCAGGGCGUGUACGUGGCGAGCGCCGCCGACGGGUCGGCGCAGAUGAUGGCGUUCACGGCGAUGAUGGAGGGCGGCGAGUACGGCGACACGCUCAACUUCUUCGGGGUCUACAAGGUGGGAUCCACCAUGUGCAAGCUGUCCAUCACCGGCGGCACCGGCAAGUUCAAGGGCGCCUGCGGCUUCGCCGAGGUGCGCCCGCUGAUCGCCACCGGGCAGCACGUCACCGACGGCGCCGAGACGCUGCUCCGGAUCAGUGUCCAUCUCGCCUAGUAUAGUACCUGGAGUGCUCGACCAUGCCAUAAGUUUUGCCGUUGGUUCUCACGUCCUUGGGUUGGGUUGCUUUGCUUUGGGCGUUUCAUGGUUGCGCUGUUUGCUCCAUGUGCAAUGAUCUUACAAGUGUGUGUGCGUCCUCUGCAGGGAUUAAACUUUAUGAAAGCAGAAAAACACUUUAGUAUUAUGGUAAAUCCAUUUGGGAAAGAAAGUUACUUUCAUGUGCA